GUCUUGAAAAUAAUAAAAUUAAUGAUAUACAAUGGAAGUAAGUGUUGCUACUUCAUCUCUGUCAGAUACCAUUAUUACAACUGAUGCUACUUUGUUACCUGAGACUAUUCCUGUUGUGACUGUUGGAAGUAUGCCAAUUUUAACUGAUGCAAUCAGUAAUAUUGGAGCCACACUAACUGGUACUACUCCAACAAUUCUGAAUGUUCCUUUCAUCUCUGGGACUUCAGGUGCAGGCUUAGUUAUAGCAACUGCACCUGAUGGAACUGGUACAGUUUUACUCGAUGCCAGCCAGGUAGCAUUAUUGACUCAAGGUACAACUCAGACAGCAACCAUAUUCGAUGGUAGCAUCUUGAGAUUUUCAGCAUCAGAUACAACACAGCCAGCUGUAACCACAGUGUCUGAAGAAACAGUUAAUCCCCAAUCAUUAUUGUUGACUCCAACUACUACUGCAUCACAAAAUUCCACUGUUCCGGCUGUGGAAGCUGCAGAUGACAUCAGACCACCUAUUGGAAAAGGUCCAUUUAAAUGUGAUUCAUGUGAUCGAGAAUUUCGAAAAUGGGGACAAUUACAGAGGCAUCGCAAGGUACAUGCUGAUGAUAAACCUCACCGGUGCGAUCAGUGUGAUGCAUCGUUCAAUUUGGAAUCAAAUCUACUUCUUCAUCAAGCAACUCAUUGUACCUCUGAUCCUGUUUGUCCAGAAUGUGGAAAGAAAUUUUCCAGAGUUGCCAGCUUAAAGGCUCAUGUAAUGUUACACGAGAAGGAAGAGAACUUAGAAUGUCCUGAAUGCGGAGAUGAAUUUAGUACACAGCCACACUUAGAUAAGCAUAUGCAAGUACACUGUGAUGAAAUGACAGAAGAAAAGACCUAUCCUUGCAAACUUUGUGCUCAGAAAUUUUCCAAAGCGGCACAUUUACGAGAUCACAUGAAAGUACAUUAUAAAUUAAAGGCAUCAUUAUCGCACAGAACUUACAAAAGGAAUAUCAAUCGUGCAACUUUCAUGCACAAAUGCCAGACGUGUGGAAAACCAUUCCAAAAACCCAGUCAAUUACUCCGUCAUAUUCGUAUACACACAGGGGAGCGUCCUUUUAAAUGUGAUGUCUGCAGCAAAGCAUUCAAUCAGAAAGGUGCGCUCCAUAUUCAUAUGACUAAACAUAGUGGAGAACGUCCACAUCAGUGCGAAUUUUGUCCUGCAGCCUUUUCUCAACGUGGAAAUCUCAGAGCCCAUAUAAAACGUGUUCAUACUCUCAUGAAGGAUGGAAAAGAGGUGUUGUAUCAAUGUGAUGAAUGCACUUGUGUUUUCAAGAAAUUAGGUAGUUUGAAUGCCCACAUCAGUAGGAUGCAUGCGGAAGAAGUAUUACCAUCAAGAGAGGAAGAAGAACCCGAAAAUGCUGUGGAAAAUGGAACAAAUCCAGAAAGUAAAAAUAUGAAAAAAGUGAUACAACAACUUUUAGAAUUAUCUAAACAAACAAUGGUUACUCCGGAACAAGCACAGCAGCAAAUUCAAGAAAUUGCCGAAAAUAGUAACGUUAGUGCAGAUAUUUUACAACAAGCAUUAGAAAAUAGUGGAUUAGCAACAUCAGUUCCAACAGAUAAAGAUAAAGAUAAAAAUAAAACUGAACAGAAAAACCCUUCGUUACUUGAUAUUAUAAAGAAACCUGUUGUAAGAAAAGUAGCUGGUGUUAGGUGGCUUCAAUGCGUUUAUUGUAGUAAGGAAUUCAAAAAACCAAGUGAUCUUGUUCGUCAUAUUCGCAUCCAUACUCAUGAAAAACCUUAUAAAUGUAAUCAGUGCUUUCGUGCCUUUUCUGUUAAAAGUACAUUAACCGUUCAUACUCGUACUCAUACCGGAAUAAAAGAGUUUUGUUGUGAAGUGUGCAAAAAAAUGUUUUCUACUCAAGGAAGUCUAAAAGUUCAUUUAAGGUUACAUACGGGCGCCAAACCUUUUUCGUGCAAUCAAUGUGACAAAAAGUUUAGAACUUCAGGACACAGAAAGAGUCAUCAACUUUCUCAUUUAAAAAAUUGCAUGCAACAAAAAAAAUCAAAACGAGUUCAAAAACCUCAAAUGAGAGAGAGUGUUUCUUUGCCAGACAUUCCUUUACAAGAACCUAUUCUUAUUACCGACAAUGGUUUAAUUCAACAACCACCAAAAAGUAAUGGUCUUUAUAAUACUUACAUUGAUGACAUGAAUAAUGUAGAUCGUCCAUAUAAAUGUACAUAUUGUUCUAGAGGGUUUAAGAAAUCGAGCCAUUUAAAACAGCAUAUCCGCUCUCAUACUGGUGAGAAACCCUAUAGGUGCCUUCAAUGUUGUCGUUCAUUUGUAUCAAAUGGAGUUCUUAAAGCACAUAUUAGGACUCAUUCCGGUGUGAAAGCAUACAAAUGUACUGUCUGUAGUUCAUCAUUUACUACUAAUGGUUCUUUGAAAAGGCAUAUGUGUAUUCAUAGUGAAUUGAGGCCUUACAUGUGUCCAUACUGUCAAAAAACUUUUAAAACAUCAAUGACUUGCAAAAAACAUAUGAAAACGCAUCGUCACGAAUUAGCUUCUCAAGGAGCGGCCUCAGGAGUCACAGUAACCGUAGUUCCAGAAACUGGUGCAGAAACACAAGUAGAUAUGGUGCAUGCCGACGGACAGGAUUUAACAGGUCACAUCAUUGGAAAUUUGGCAGAAAUUGCAAAUGAUGAUGAUACACAAAGAGAUGAUACAGAGCAGACACACAUUUCAACUUUAGAAACACAAGAUAAUACAGCUUUAGGUACCCAGCCAUUUACUACUCAAGUUACAUUAUCUCAGGAAAAUUUACAACAGUUACAACAAACAUUUACCCAACAAGUAUUUGAUAACCAAGGAAAUCUCACAACUGAUUUGGAGCAAACCAAUUUAAGCCAAACACAGAAUACAGGAUUUGAUCAGACACAAACAACUGGAUUUGAUCAAGGACAGAAUACUUUUUUUACUCAAUCUUUUGGAAGUUUUACACAAAACCAGUAUACAUUACAAGGUGAUGUGUUAGAUGUCACCACUAAUUUUACUACUGCAACUACCCUGAUAAGUGAAGGGUUAGCAACAACUAGCAUGACAAAUAUUCUGCCACAGCAAUCGCAGAAUGAUCAGAAUGCCACUCUUCAAUCUGUCCCAACUGAGAAACAAGCAGUGAAACCAUUAGGAGAAAUCCAGCAAGUAGAAAAUAAGGCAGGAAGGAGACUGUUCCAAUGUACGUAUUGUGACAAAAUAUUUAAAAAGUCGAGUCAUUUAAAACAGCACAUUCGUACCCACACGGGAGAAAAGCCAUUUAAGUGCACUUUGUGUAAUCGAAUGUUUAUCUCGGCAGGAACGCUCAAAUCCCACAUUCGAACCCAUACUGGCAUUAGAGAUUUUCAGUGCGAUAUAUGCAAUGCAAUGUUUACAACUAGUGGUUCUCUCACUAGGCAUUUGACCAUUCAUUAUACUAACCAUCCCCAUACCUGUUCUUAUUGCUCUCAGACGUUUCGAACUCCGACGAGUUAUCGUCGUCACAUGAAAGCAAUUCAUGAAGACUGUCAGAACUCCGAAUCUGCUGAUGAUAGUAAAAACAAGAAGAAAGGAAAUAUAGUUAAACUCUCUGAUGAACAAGCCAAUGAACUUGCCCAACAAAAUCCUGAUGAUACAAAUUCCAUUUCUGUGAAGGUGUUAAUUGCAUCUGCUGCAGAAAAAAAUAGAAUCAGUGAAAUUAAAGAUAAGAAAGCAGAAUUGGAAAAAUUACCAAAGUAUGCCAAUCAGUGUGAACAUUGCCCAAAAAGUUUCAAAAAACCAAGUGAUUUGGUUCGCCAUAUUAGAAUUCAUACUGGUGAAAGACCUUUUGAGUGCAAAAUGUGUGGAAGGACAUUUACUGUUAAAUCUACUCUGGAUAGCCAUAUGAAAACUCAUACGGGAGAAAAGAAUUUCACUUGCCACGUUUGUAAUUCUCAAUUUUCCACUAAAGGGAGUUUGAAAGUCCAUAUGAGGCUUCAUACAGGUGCUAAACCUUUCAAGUGUCCUCAUUGUGAUUUACGUUUCCGAACCUCUGGACAUCGGAAAGGUCACAUCGCCACUCAUUUCAAAAUUCCAUCCAAGAAAAAGACUGCACAAGAAAAUACAACAGAACAGGAAACUGUUGCUUCAAAUAUCUUACAAAUAUCUAAUACGCAACAAGAAGAAAAUAUGCUAUCUACAAAUUCCCUCAAUAUAUUGGGAGGAAAUGUCAAUUCGGACACUGCCUCUUCACAAAUAAUUCAAGGAAUUGAAGGUGUUCAGUUGGUCACGCCUAAUGUUUUAGGUGGCAGUAUUCAAAUAACUGGAAUUGAUCCAUCUCUUCUUUCACAAACUGUGCAAAUAGAUGCACAUCUUUUACAACAGUUACAGCAACAUGGUAAUAUUAAUAUUACCAUUAGUCCUAGUUUAUUAACAGAACCUCUUGCCACAACAACAGAUACAGCAGUGAGUGAUUCUGCAAUCCUUCAAAGUACCAUUGCUAAUGACAACACGAUUACGACAACAGUCAAUCCAAAUAUUAUUAUUCAUUCCUUAACUAAUUUGAAUAUUCCUUUAAAUUCGGAACAAGAAAUAAUUACAACAGAACCUGACGAAAUAAGACCGGACGGAACUAAAACUUUUAAUUUGACUAGUUUAUCUAACAAUAAGGAAGAGAUUAUAGGGAACCAAGUCACUAUAGGUGUCGAUUCAUCUAUGAAUGUUGUAGAGGAAGAAGUUCUGGGUUUGGAAAAUGAUAGUAUCAAUGUGGAAACAGCAUCGGUCGGCAUAAGUGAAAGUAUCAUUCCAAACAUAGACCUGUUGCAUGUCACCAACGAAGAAAAUGUUGUGGCCAACCAAGAAAGGAAGCACACUUGUGAAGUAUGUAGUAAAAGUUUCAAAAGAGCGACACAUCUGAGAGACCAUUUACUCACGCACUGCAGUUCUAAUCAAAAACAGCGCCCCACUCCCCAUCAGUGUUCGCAUUGCUCGAAAGCAUUUUCCAAGCCCAGUCAACUAGAAAGGCAUAAGCGCAUUCAUACAGGUGAAAGGCCAUUUGUUUGCGAGGAAUGUGACAAAGCAUUCAAUCAGAAAAACGCCCUUCAGACCCACAUGAAGAAACAUACUGGAGAGAAGCCGUUCCAGUGCCCAUACUGCAAUACUGCCUUCACUCAAAAUGGCAACCUUAAAAACCACAUAAAAAGAGCUCAUUCCAACGAAAAGUAAAUUCUUCCACACUCCAAUUAAUGCUUCCAAUUCUUAAUUUGCCAAUUAGUGCCUCAUGUUGCAUUUCUAGUCACCGUAGGUUGAAGAACAUAUAUUUAACUCGUGUACAUAGAGAUGUUAUAUGUAUAAAUUGUACAGUUUCAAAGACUUUUUAUAUAGCUUAAUUUGUUAAAGUGCAAAUAAUAAUAAUGUCCAAACUAAACUAUUAUUUGCAUAAUUUCCAUUUUUUAAUUUUCUGAUAAAUGACUCUUACCCUCAAAUUGGGAUGAAAGGAAAAAAAGUAUAUAUAUAUAUACAUAUAUAUGUAUAUAUAUGUGAAUAUGAUGGAUUUAAGAAUAUAAAGAAAUUUUCAAUUUUUGCAAUUAUGGUUUUCUUUAUCAGAAAGUUAUAAUGCUAUUAAUUUAUAGAAUAAAAAGAGAAUUUAUUUUUGAGAGAGGUAAGUAAAUGUCUUUUAUUCAAAAAUUUCAAACUCUCGAUCAGGUCGAAACAUACAAUUUAGAACUAAGUGAAUAGUUCAUACUGGACAUACAAUUGGAUUGAAAGGCACGCACAAUGAAUGUUUCCAUUGUGCAAAUCAAUACGGGUAAAUAGGAACACACAUACAAAAAGUAGAAGAAAAGGUCACGCAAAGCUAUUAGAUAUUUUCAUAUUGCAUAUAAAUAUAAAC